UCCCAAUGGGUGGGAUCUCGGGGCGGGGCUCACCGAGGGGCGGGGAAGGACGGGGUGCGGGGAGGAGGUUGCAGAAGGAGCUGAGCGACUGCUGCUCAAUGGCGGAAAAGCCGCCGGUGCUUUGACCGCCUCUUCCCCCUAGCAGUUGCGGGGGAGUUUCCUGCCCGCGCGGCUGGAGUCUCUGUUUCUCAAGGUUUGGUGGCUGGAAGAUGCUCCAGAGAGACGAGGCUGAGACGGAGGAGGUGGCGGCGGCCGAAUCGGCAACGGCGCUAGGGUGGAGAGAAGGCGGCAGCGGCGGCGGCGGCGGCGUGCGGGGCCCGACGGUGUAAACAGCCCGGAGGCGGCGGAGGAGGCGGCCGAGACCCCGAGGGGGAAGCAGCAGCAGAGGCAGGGUCGCGCCUCCGUUGGAAGCCUGGGCUGAGUGCAGCAGGGGUCUCUGCGGCGGCGUGAGCAGACGCCCUAGACCUCGCCUCACUCGCUCGCCCCAGAUUCAUUACUAAUCAUGGGUGCAUUUUUGGAUAAACCCAAAACUGAGAAACAUAAUGCUCACGGUGCUGGGAAUGGUUUACGUUAUGGCCUGAGCAGCAUGCAAGGAUGGAGAGUGGAGAUGGAAGAUGCACACACAGCUGUUGUAGGUAUUCCUCACGGCUUGGAAGACUGGUCCUUUUUUGCAGUUUAUGAUGGUCAUGCUGGAUCCCGAGUAGCAAAUUACUGCUCAACACAUUUAUUAGAACACAUCACUAAUAAUGAAGACUUCAGGGCAGCUGGAAAGUCAGGAUCUGCUCUUGAGCCUUCCGUGGAAAAUGUCAAGAAUGGUAUCAGAACUGGCUUUUUGAAAAUCGAUGAAUACAUGCGUAACUUUUCAGACCUCAGAAAUGGAAUGGACAGGAGCGGUUCAACUGCAGUGGGAGUUAUGAUUUCACCUAAGCAUAUCUACUUUAUCAACUGUGGCGAUUCACGUGCUGUUCUGUAUAGGAAUGGACAAGUCUGCUUUUCCACCCAGGAUCACAAACCUUGCAAUCCAAGGGAGAAGGAGCGAAUCCAAAAUGCAGGAGGCAGCGUAAUGAUUCAACGUGUUAAUGGUUCAUUAGCAGUGUCUCGUGCUCUGGGGGACUAUGAUUACAAGUGUGUUGAUGGCAAAGGUCCAACAGAACAACUUGUUUCUCCAGAGCCCGAGGUUUAUGAACUUUUAAGAGCAGAAGAGGAUGAAUUUAUCAUCUUGGCUUGUGAUGGGAUCUGGGAUGUAAUGAGUAAUGAGGAGCUCUGUGAAUUUGUGAAAUCUAGGCUUGAGGUAUCUGAUGACCUGGAAAAUGUGUGCAAUUGGGUAGUGGACACUUGUUUACAUAAGGGAAGUCGAGAUAACAUGAGUAUUGUGCUAGUUUGCUUUUCAAAUGCCCCCAAGGUCUCAGAUGAAGCAGUGAGGAAAGACUCAGAGUUGGAUAAGUACUUGGAAUCACGGGUUGAAGAAAUUAUGGAGAAGUCGGGUGAGGAAGGAAUGCCUGAUCUUGCCCAUGUUAUGCGCAUCUUGUCUGCAGAAAAUAUCCCAAAUUUGCCUCCUGGGGGAGGCCUUGCUGGCAAGCGCAGUGUUAUUGAAGCUGUUUAUAGUAGACUGAAUCCACAUAGAGAAAGUGAUGGGGGUGCUGGAGAUCUAGAAGACCCAUGGUAGCCUUAUAAACCUUCUAAAAUGCUUUUGAUUCUGAAAAUUGGGGGAAAAAAACUUUUAAUCACAAUUUUCUUCAAUACAAGGGAAAAAUAUUCUUGUGGAUUUCCAACGUUUUGUGAUACGAGCCGAAAAUCAUUAGCAUUUCCCAUCAUUUGUUCACAUUUGUGUUUUCUGAUAAUUGCCACUUGUAGCAUUGCCUGUACUGCAGUAUUUUUGCCAACCUCAGGCAUACUGGUUACAUCUGUAUUGAACUUUUGGCCCUAGAAACCAAUGGAAUUACUUCACCACAAAUCACAAUUGGGCCUGAGGUGCAUGGGAAUAUAGUUAGCUGUACUCUGAAGAUACAUUAUGUUUUUUUUUUUUUAAACAAGACACAACAUAUAAGCAUGUAAGAGUAAAGAAUUAUAUGAGAUGUUCCUUUUUUCAGUUCACCAAGUUGGAAGCCUUUUGCAGCUCUGUGGCUUGAAAUUUCAUUUGAGCAAUUUACUAUAGGAUAUAUAUUUAUUAUUAAUUGUUAUUUAAUUUUUUUCCAAUUUUACCUGUAUUACCAAACUGGGUUCUCCAAUAAUGUCCAAAUUGUAAUGUUGCCUGCUUCAAGAUAAAGUGUAUUUGGCAAUAAUAUUAUAAACCCUUACAAAUUUUAUGCAUGUAUUUACUACAUCCUUCAAAUCUCACUACAAAAUCUUUGAAACCAAAUGGAUUAAUUUAUGGCUAUUUAUAAUUUGCUUUGACAUCUCACUGCUGCAAAUUUUUUAAAUGAUGAAAUUUGCCUUUAUAAUGUAAAUUGUGAUUUUUGUUUUACAUGUGGGUUUCUAUAGUUUUAAUUUUUCAGCUUUUAAGAUACAAGUUUUGUGUAAUUUGGUAUAAUUUUUAAUUGUUUAUGUUAUUUUAAAAGCUCAGAAUAUCACAUUGAAAUGACUAUAAAUACAUUUAAAAUUAUCUAUUUUAGAUCUAAGGAAAUAUUACAGAGAUAUUUUCAUGGGUUCAGUAACCUUUCAUUUUAUAACAUUGGGCACGGUACAGAGUGGCUGUCACAUAAGGUACUUGAAGAUUAUUAGUUUAAUUCUAUUUUUACAAUAACCUUGAAUUCUUUUUUGAGUUUUGCAUGUAUCCUAUUAAUGCUGAACACGAGAAUAAAAUAUUUAUCUAAAAGAAGCUAUUGGGGAAGGAGAAGCGAUGAAUGUAUCCAUUUGUACAUGGCUUACAUGUUGUGGAUGCUUUGUAAACAUUUCCCUAUAUGUUUAAAUUGUGUUUCAGCAGGAUGUAAUUGCCCUUGUGUGUAGUUAAAAUAAGUCAUCAUCUGGUCCUAAGUGAAAUGGAAUUCAUGGUAUUUUCUGUAACAUUUUCCUGAAGCUGUGUCUGGAGAGCCACACAUUUGAAUUCAGACAGCUUCCUUGAUCAUUUGAUUUAUUGUGCACCUGAUUUUUGGUCUAAAAGGAAUUAUUGCCACGAUAUAUUUUAUUUAUUCUUUAGAUUUUAGCCUUGUAAGUUAAAGUGCUUUACAUGAUGAUGUAAAAAGCUAUUUGUCCCUUUACCGGGUUUGGGGGGGGUGUUAAAAGAUAGGGAAUGAAGAAUGCAAAAUGGUUUAUUGUUCAAACUGUCCACUCUGAUCCAACCCUGUACUGAUAGUACCUUUCCAGUAUGAUAUUGUGAUGUUUCAUACAAUGCAGUGAACAUAACCAACUUGUUACCUAAAUAAAGAAUUGAUAAAAAACAGUGUGACAUA